AUGAAGUACAUUUCCAGUGUGACCAGAGUAGAGCGGUUGUUGGAUUGGCCGCGAGAGAGGGAAAUCGGAGACGGCUGGCAGGAGGUUGACAUGUCUGUCAACUUUAUCACCCACACAUUUCACCCUAAGGCUUUAAUUUCUACCCACUCUUUCAUUGUCUUAGUUAGCUGCCCUUGUCUCCCCAUAUCUCGAGGCACAGGGUUCAUGAGUCUUCAAAUUCCCCUCACGCAUGAACCGAGGGACUUGGUUCCGAACCUGCUGUGCGAAAGAAAUACUGCCUUGGCACCCCAAAAUACUGUAUUUGCAUCAUAUGCCAGUGUGGAACAGGUGGUAGUUAUGUCUGACCGGCGGAGCAAUGUCCCCAAAGCCAUAGUGACCGACGUGGGGCUGUUCAUCGGCUGGACGGCCCAAAGACGAUCUCAGUGUAACCAGAGAGCUCAAAUACAGACAAACGCUACCGUGCACUGGGAGACCUAG